AUGCUGAGUGAGAUCGCACCCACUGCAAGCAUGCCGCCCAAGGCGAGCGUCUCUCUGCCGCUCAGGCUCAUGACCAAAGGUCCCAGCUAUCUCCGCAGUCAAAUGGAUGGGGACAGGCGGGGUCGGCAGAGUGCCGUGGUGAGACUGGCUGCUGACAAGGCCAAGUACUUGAAGAGCCAGACAGCGAGGGGGUGCAAAGUGGAGCUCAAUGGUUUGGGCAGCUCUGCCCCCGAGGAAGGCAGCAGCAGCGGCAGCGGGGCCAGCAGCAACAAGAAGACUUACCUGGCCUCCGGCAGCCUCCAGCAGAGCGGGCAGCUGGUGCUCCCGCCUGACAUCAUGCAUCGCUCCAGCUCCAAGAAGCAGCUCAGGCCCGAUUCACUGGUCAUGUACCAGCAGAAGAGCGAGUUCAGGCGGGGAGCGGCAGUUUCAAUGGCAGAGGCAUCCUGCGGCUGCUGCCCAGCUCUAGCAACGGGAGCAGCAACGUCGGAAGGGGGAGAAUUAGCAGAGGGUACAGCACCCCAGGGUGCAUAA